AUGGCCGACACAGCAACCAAGACCUCGAGUGGGUCGGAGCGAGAGAACGCGCCGGUGAACAUAAUCAUGAUUGGCAUGGCGGGGUCUGGCAAAACAACGCUGAUGCAGCGGAUCAACGCAUACCUGCACGAGCGCAAGACGCCGCCGUACGUGCUGAACCUGGACCCGGCGGUCAGCAAGCUGCCGUUCCAGGCGAACAUCGACAUCCGCGACACAGUAGACUACAAGCAGGUGAUGAAAGAGUACAAUCUCGGGCCCAACGGUGGGAUCCUGACGUCGCUGAACCUGUUCACGACCAAGCUCGACCAGGUGAUGCAGAUUGUGGACAAGCGGGCAGCAACGACAAAGUACUUUCUGUACGAUACGCCGGGGCAGAUUGAGAUCUUCACGUGGUCGGCGUCGGGAGCAAUCAUCACAAACUCGGUCGCAGCGACCUACCCGACGGUGGUCGUGUAUGUGGUGGAUACGCCGCGCACUGCCAACCCGGCGACGUUCAUGUCGAAUAUGAUGUAUGCGUGCUCGAUUCUGUACAAGACGCAGCUGCCGUUCCUCGUGGCGUUCAACAAGACCGACGUGGUGUCGCAUGAUUUCGCGGUCUCCUGGAUGAACGACUUUGAGGAGUUCCAGAAGGCGCUGAUGCGGCAGGAGGAGGGGUAUAUGAACUCGCUGAUGAACUCGAUGAGUCUGGUGCUGGACGAGUUCUACGCGCAUCUGCGCGUCGCUGGCGUGUCGGCAAUGACGGGCCAGGGGAUCGAUGGGCUGUUUGAGAAGAUCGACGAGGCCGUCGACGAGUACUACGAGACGUAUCGGCCGCACCUGCAGAAGCAGAUUGAGAAGAAGCGCGAGGAGGAGCGCGAGAAGAAGGCGGAUGACCUGAAGCGGCUGCUCAAGGACCUGUCGGUCAGCGAGGGCAAGGAAGUGGAUAUCUGA